CGGCGGUUGGGGCGGCGUUGGUUCCGCGCCCUGAGCUCCAGAUGGAAGCGGCGCCGGAUUCAGGGCCGGGCCUCUGCUGCAAGCCUGGCGGGCGGCUGGACAUGAGCCACGGCUUCGUGCACCACAUCCGACGGAAUCAGCUCGCCCGGGACGACUACGACAAGAAGGUGAAGCAGGCGGCCAAGGAGAAGGGGAGGAGGCGGCACGCGCCCGCGCCGGCGAGGCCCCGCAAGCCCGACCUGCAGGUGUACCUGCCGCGACGCCGAGAUGGCUCUACCCACCCAAGCAACCCAGACUGUGAGGAGUCCGGUGAAGGCAGCAGUAGUGGCGGCUCCCAGCCAGAGCCUUCUGGCCAUCAGCUCUUCUGCUUAGAAUAUGAGGCGGACAGCGGAGAGGUCACAUCAGUUAUCGUGUAUCAGGACGAUGACCCAGGAAGGGUGAGUGAGGAGGUGUCAGCACACACGCCUCUGGAUCCACCCAUGCAAGAGGCCCUCAAGUUGCGCAUCAAGGAGGAGAUUGCAAAACGCCAGAGCCGAGACUGACCAGGCUGAAGGCAUUCCCUCCAGGCUGGAGUCACUGCCCAGGGAACUCACCCCUAGUUAGGGGAUGCCAGGAUCAUUCUGGGCUGGUCUUGACACACACAUACCCUAGAGCAGGGUGUUGCAGGAGUCAUGCCUGAUCACCUCCCUUGUAGCCAUUCUUGUAUAUUGGCCUAUUUGACCAGCCUAAUUUGGAAUUUUAGAGAAUUUUGUGUGGCUAGCUUGGUGUUCUAGAAGCAGAUACUCCAGGGAGAGGCCAAGGUUUAUGAAGCCUCAUGCCAACGUGCUGCUUUCUCACUGAGUUCCUAUGUGCUGGGAUAUCUGGCCACUGCUGCGCCACCCAGCUCCAUAGGCCAUAUCUGUUACUUUGUGGUUCCUUCCUACUGUGCUUUUGCUCACUUUCAUUUAUGUUUUCCUAGAUCUUUUUUUUACCUCUGUUUCAUUGUUCUUUUUUUUCCCCCCCUGUUAAUC